AAAAGCGCAUGCAGAAAAGAAAGCACCUACCACGCCACCACCUUACUAACUCAGAGACCCAACAACCUCCGAAAGACGUUGUUUUUAAGGCUUCUGUUCUGUACUGUUCCAGUUAAGUAAAUUUCAUCGCCCCUCAGCGGAGUUUCCCACCAACCCUAACAUUGCUAACUUUCCUUCAGAUACAUAAAGGCGUUACCUUUCACGCCACCCACAUUCUCAUUUCAUCAUACAACAAUGGCUCAAAGUUUGACAUAUCAGCCAAUCACCAAAACACCUCCUUUUUCUUCUUCUUCCUCUUUCUGUACCCAUCGGACACCUCAGAGUGUGACUUUACGCACCCGGCGGCGCUCUCUCACUGUGCGCGCGGCGGCGACGACGGUGGCCAGGGAGUCCAAGGUGAAGUCGGUGAAGGCUAGGCAGAUUGUGGACAGUCGGGGGAACCCGACAGUGGAGGUGGAUCUGGUGACGGACGAACUUUUCCGAUCGGCGGUGCCGAGCGGCGCGUCGACGGGGAUUUACGAGGCUUUGGAGCUGAGGGAUGGGGACAAGAGUGUUUACGGAGGGAAGGGCGUUCUUAACGCCGUUAGGAACAUCAACGAGGUCUUGGCUCCGAAACUUGUCGGCGUCGACGUUAGGAACCAAGCUGAUGUUGAUGCUAUUAUGCUGGAAAUCGAUGGAACUCCUAACAAAUCGAAACUAGGGGCUAAUGCAAUAUUGGGAGUUUCACUGAGUGUAUGUAGAGCUGGUGCAGGGGCAAAAGGAGUGCCUUUGUUCAAGCACAUCCAGGAGAUCUCAGGAACAAAGGAACUUGUUAUGCCAGUUCCAGCUUUUAAUGUUAUAAAUGGGGGCAGUCAUGCUGGAAAUAAUUUGGCUAUGCAAGAAUUUAUGAUACUACCAGUUGGAGCAACUUCAUUUGCUGAGGCACUCCGCAUGGGCAGUGAAGUUUAUCAUGUAUUAAAGGGGAUAAUCAAGGCAAAAUAUGGGCAAGAUGCAUGUAAUGUUGGAGAUGAAGGAGGAUUUGCACCGAACGUUCAGGAUAACAGGGAGGGGUUGGUUUUACUCAUGGAUGCCAUUGAGAAGGCUGGUUAUACUGGAAAGAUUAAAAUAGGUAUGGAUGUUGCGGCUUCUGAGUUUUACACCAAGGAUGGGAAGUAUGAUUUGAAUUUCAAGAAGCAGCCAAACGAUGGAACUCAUGUUCACUCUGCUCAGAGUCUUGGUCAACUUUAUAAAGACUUUGUAAAAGACUUUCCCAUUGUGUCAAUUGAGGAUCCGUUUGAUCAAGAUGAUUGGGGUUCAUGGACUUCCCUGCUUUCUUCAGUUGACAUUCAACUUGUAGGAGACGAUUUGUUAGUUACAAAUCCAGUCAGAAUAGCUGAGGCCAUCAAGAAGAAGGCUUGCAAUGGUUUGCUUCUAAAGGUUAACCAGAUUGGUACAGUAACUGAAUCUAUUCAGGCUGCACUUGACUCAAAGGCUGCAGGUUGGGGUGUCAUGGUUAGUCACCGGAGUGGCGAGACCGAAGAUAAUUUCAUUGCCGAUCUCUCUGUUGGCUUGGCCAGUGGACAGAUAAAAACUGGUGCUCCUUGCCGAAGUGAGCGAUUGGCAAAGUAUAAUCAGCUUCUUCGAAUUGAAGAACUUGGAGGUGUGCGAUAUGCGGGUGAGGCUUUCAGAUCACCUUAGAGUGAGCCACAACUGAUAAAAGAUAAACUUCAUUGAUUUACCAAGGAAAAUCCUGAGUUUUGAUAUAGUUGUAGCCUUCUGGGGUUUUCAAAAGUUAGCCUUAAGAAGUGUUUUGACUUAAAUAAUUACCAAGCGAAUUAGUCCCUCUGUGUACAAUGUUGGGGAUGUUUGGACAUUUUCUUCAUUUACUUUCAUACUUUCUUUUAGCAAAUCUAUCAUAUAAUAAUAGACUAUCGUCGUAUCUUAUAAAUCAUUUGAAAUCAUAAUUUAGGAUAUGAUUUUGAAUUAUUUAGUUUGAGAUACAGUUCUAAAUUCUAUAAUUAAUUUAAAA